AUGCCCACCCGAUUGUCUCAAACCCGCAAGCAUCGCGGCCACGUCUCGGCUGGUCACGGUCGUGUAGGAAAGCACCGCAAGCAUCCCGGUGGUCGUGGUUUGGCCGGUGGUCAGCACCACCACCGCACCAACAUGGACAAGUACCAUCCCGGUUACUUCGGUAAAGUCGGUAUGCGAUACUUCCACAAGAUGCAGAAUGGAUUCUGGAAGCCCGUCAUCAAUCUCGACAAGCUCUGGUCCCUCGUCCCACUCGAGCAGCGCGAAAAGUACCUCAACAACAAGAGCACCGAUACCGCUCCCGUCCUCGAUCUCCUUCCUCUCGGCUACAGCAAGGUUCUCGGCAAGGGUCGCAUUCCUGAGAUCCCCAUCAUCGUUCGCGCACGCUACUUCAGCAAGGACGCCGAGCGCAAGAUCAAGGAGGCUGGUGGUGUCGUUCAGCUUGUCGCAUAA